AAUGCUUUUUAAUUUUUAAGUUUUACUUUCAGCUUUAAAAGUGUCAAACAAAGCUCUGGAGAGACAGGAGGUGUGCUAUUUUCAGCCACCCUCCUGUGAGAGAUCCAUCGUGUAUGCGGGGGGGCACAGAGGGUGAGAUUGACAUGACACGUGUGUAGGACAACUCUGGCCCCUUACCAAGAGCAGAAUCAAAUGUCUAAUCAUAGGCAGAGCAGCAGCUGAGAGUCCAGAAGAGCAGUGAAGGCUGGGCUUGACAGUCUCAACUGUCUUGUGUGUGUGUGAACUUCAGGGAGAAAGUGAGCAGAGGGCCUUUUGGGGGACUGGAGAGUGGUGUUGUGAAUUGUGAAGAUGGGAAUAGAAGAUACUGCCUGUUAAGAACUGAAAUCUGUUUUGAAGUUGGGAAGACAAAAUAUCUAAAGCAUAGAAAUCAUGGGAGCUGAAGAAGAAAUGCUCAUCACUCUGUCUGGAGGUGCCCCCUGGGGCUUCCGCCUGCAAGGGGGUUCAGAGCAGAAAAGACCCCUUCAAGUGUCAAAGAUCCGAAAGAGAAGCAAAGCAUGCCGUGGAGGCCUGUGGGAAAAUGAUGUGAUAGUAUCUAUCAAUGGGAAGUCAUGUGCUGGCCUUUCCCAUGCUAAUGCCAUGCAGAUCAUCGAUUCUUCCAACGGCAUGCUCAACAUCCGUGUGAAAAGGAUAGUUGGUGGGGACCAGACUGGCCCACGGUCCCAGCGUUCCCCUUCUCCAGGGCAGCGAGUGCUCUCCCCCCCAUCCCUGCUCAGCCCCCCAGCACAGUCACUCAGCUCUGAACCAGCAGGAGCCCCGGCCACCACACAGCCCUCGCAGCCACGGAGGUCACAGAGGCACCUGGAGAGCCUCACCUCCCCCCCGGACAGCGAGGCCUACUAUGGGGAGACGGACAGCGAUGCCGACAACGUGGCCCAGGAGAAGCACCGCCGGGCUCGCAAGAAGAGCCCGCGCUCCCCACCUGACAGCACCGCCAGCAAGGCGGAUGAACCUCCGGAUGAGGUGUCCCUGUCUGAACAGAGCGGCUACGAGAGCAUGCCAGAGGCUGCUGUGCAGGGGGGAGCAGAGGUGCCCAGCUCCAGUGGGGUGGCCAAGAGGGAGAUUGUCUGCCUGCCUGGCAGCCGCACAGACACUCCAUUCUCAGACAGCGAGGGACAGCUGCGGCCACCAUCAACAGAGGGACGGGAGCCUUCUCCAGAGGCAAUGCUCCUGCCCCAUGCCACCAAGGCUAUCCGAGCGGAACGCCAUCUCAUCCCUAUGGUGGGGCCAGUGGAACAUCCGAUUGAUGAAGACCUAACCACCACAUAUACAGAGAAAGCCAAGCAGGCCAAGCUCCACCGCCACGAGAGCAUCCAGGAGAAGAAUGUGAAAGAAGCCAAAACCAAGUGCAGAACCAUUGCAUCCCUGCUGACAGAUGCACCCAACCCCCACUCCAAGGGGGUGCUGAUGUUUAAGAAGCGCAGGCAGAGGGCUAAGAAGUAUACAUUGGUAAGCUUUGGGAGUGUCGACGAAGACCGCUCCUACGAGGAGGAAGACGGAGUUUUUCCAACUAGUGAGUCUGAAUUUGAUGAGGAAGGUUUCUCUGAUGCCCGAAGCCUAACUAACCACUCAGACUGGGACAACACUUACCUAGACAUUGAGAAGUCCAAGUCUGACACUGAACAGAAGGAAGAGAAGCAAAAAGGUUUGAGUGAAGCCUCAGGUAAAGGAGCACGAUUGUUUGAGCAGCAGAGGGAACGGGCUGGGAAGUACACAGUUGAGAAAGCUCCAGGGCAGAAGAGCCCCCAGCUUGACCCAGCUGCCCAGCCAAAGCAGGGCACAGUGAACGGAGAUAUGCCUGUGCCAGAGGAGAAGGCAGACAGCAUGCCCCUCAGCAUCCACCUGGAAAGUGUGCAAGUGCCCAGUAAGCAGCCAGCCACCCUCCCUACUGAGAUUCAGGCUGCUCCUAGCCCCACUUUCUUCCCACCUCCCCCAAGCACCCCCGACCCUUUCUCUGCAAGCUCAACAAGCAUGUUCAACAGGUCUGCACGGCCCUUUACUCCUGGCUUUUCUGGCCAACGCCCAGCAACAUCCUCUGUCAUCUUUAGGCCAUCUGCACCCAAAAAACCCAGUGAAAAUCUGAGUGGGCAAAGCACAGUGGUUUCCCCUUUCUCAUUUCCGGCUCCUGCCAACGCACCAGUGCCAACACACCGUGGUGCAGUCAGCUCCUCCACAUCUCUGUAUAUCCCUGCACCAGGAAGGCCAACAUCACCACUGGAGUCACAGCCAAAAGGAGGAAGUUCUCCAGAAACUAAGCCUUCUGCCAACACUGCUCGGACAUCCACCACUUCUAUCUUUCUGUCAACUCCCUCAAAGCCAGGAGGGGAUGUGGCCUCUGCAGCAUCCCAGCCACAAGUCCAUGGAACAGCCUCUUCUUCUUUGUAUAUUAGUCCAGCACCAUCACAGCACAUGAGAAGCAGUUCCCCUGUGCCAAAGCAGCCUUCUCCUGCCAUCACUCCAGCAAUGCCACGACCUCCUUCAGAGCCCUUAACCUCCAGGGAGCAGAGGAUUGCUGUGCCAGCUCCCCGCACAGGCAUCCUGCAGGAGGCUCGACGGCGGGGCAACAAGAAACCCAUGUUCAGUAAGAUUGAGGAGAAGAAGAAGAAUUCACCCAAUCCUGAACUCCUGUCUCUGGUGCAGAACCUGGAUGAGAAGCCGAAAGGUGACCACCCCGGGGCAGGCUUCGAGUCUGGGCCUGAGGAAGACUUCCUCAGCCUGGGUGCUGAGGCCUGCAACUUCAUGCAGUCCUCGGGCCGUAAGUUCAAGACCCCACCUCCAGUGGCUCCUAAGCCAGAUGCUGGACUGGUAAAUGGGGCCCAGGACAUGCCUCAGCUUAAAGGCAAGGGAGCAGAGCUUUUUGCCAAACGCCAGAGCCGCAUGGACAAAUAUGUGGUGGAGACAACACCGAAGCCGGACCCCAAGCCCAGGACCCCCUCUCCUUCCCCUUCUCUACCUUCAUCCUGGAAAUAUUCACCCAACAUCCGGGCUCCCCCUCCAAUAGCUUACAACCCAAUGCAUUCCCCUUUCUAUCCCCUGGCAGCCAGCAAAUCUCAGGCUAGCAAAGCAGAGAGCAAAGUGAAAAAGGCACCUGGCCAGAAAUCAGGGAUCAAGGUCAUUGAUAUAAUGCGCCACCAGCCCUAUCAAUUAAAGUCAGCCAUGUUCUGUUUUGGGGAUCCCCCAAGCCCCAGCACUCAGAAUUCUGGUCAGCCAGCCCCGCAGGCUAGCUCAUCCUUCAUGGCAGCCAAGCAGGUGCCCGUGAAAACAGCCAAGACCCAGGAGAUUCGUCGCUUCUCCACUCCGGCUCCCAUGCCAGCCUCUAGCAGCCUGGCACCUACCGUGCUUAUGCCCCGCUCAGCAACCACGCUGGAUGAGCCAUUGUGGAGAACAGAAAUGGCCUCUUCUGCUCCUGUUACACCAGCACCCUUUAAGGUGGAGCUCAGCCAGUCCCCAAAACCAUAUCAGAGCUCCCCAGAGCCUGGUCAGGUGGGCCAGGGGCCUUCUCCAAAUCCAGCCUCUGCCUCUCGGUUUCAGGUGGCCAGGCCCAAAUUCUCAGCAGCAAGAACAGGGAUGCAGGCCAAUGUGUGGAGGCCAAGUUUUGGCCACCACUGAGGCAGGUACCCCUCCCAUCCCAUCUGUGGCCCCGCAGAGAUAGUGCUUGUUUUGUCUUUCAUGUCAGCUCAGUACAUUGGGAUGAGUGACACAAAAUGAAGAAAAAAAACCAAACCAAAUUACUCCCCUUCUGCACCACCCUCUCCCCCAACCUCCCCUUGGGUCUCAGGUGGGAAACUUCACGGAAAGGCUUACUGGCUGUGGCUAUAGUAGGAGGAAGAAUGUGGAGAAAGGGUACAUGUGUGGUAUACAGAGACUGGGAACUUGUACACAGCAGCAAAACCCACCUCUGGAGGGGAUGAAUGGCAGGGGUUGUAUCACAUGAGGACACACAGGAGGCAGUAGUUUUCCUUUCCCAAGCGCUUUGGAGUCACCCCUGAAUGGAGGGAAACUGGGGGGCAACAGCUUUCCCAGAAGAAAGGGUGAGAGGUGGGAUUACAGAACAGAAGUCCUACCUUUUCCGUUAGACUGCUCCUCUCUGAGCCUGUCAGUCUGUACACAUGCACCUGUGUGCACACACAUGUACACAGCAACACUCAGCAGGAAGUGAAAGUAAAAGCGGGGCUUCAUCUUAGACACUUCUCCCAGACUUCCCUCUGGAAGGGCAUGGGAAAGAAGGCAAGAGAGCAGAGUGAGCAGUGGUGUUUGCCCAUGCACGUGUGGGCAGUGUGCCCUGUGCAGGAGAGUGGCCGUGUGUGCCCCAUUCCUCCAGUCAGCAGGGCUGGGGGUAAAAGGGAGAGUUGUCCCAGCUGAUACAAAAUAUGACUUAGGUCUGGAAGCAGUUUGCCAAAGAGGGCCUUUGAGUGGACUUGGUGGGGCUAUCACCAGCUGUGGAAACAAACUGCAAAAGGAAGUAUCAAUUUCUGAGGAUACACAAAAUCAAAGCUAAGCUCAGGCAGUGGCUGGUUGGCACAAAGAAAGGCUCUGCAGCAUUAGUCCCACUGGAACAGGAUAUGGAUGCUGUAAGUACAAAGCUGGAUUGCAUGGGAGAAGGUACAGUUGACUUUAAAAGGAGGCAGGAUCGAAAAUGCAUUUGCAUAUGAUCUUUUUGUUUAUUUAGGAUGGAAGUGUGGCUAGAUUAGAAAUGGGUCAUGACAUAAUACUUGCUGAAAACUUUGUGAUGAGCUGGAAAACAGAGGCCCUUUACAGACAUUCUCAGUAUGGAAGUGGAGGUCAGGAAAACAGAAAGUCACAAGUAGAAUUUCAUACUAAAUGAUUUAGGUAUCCUUGGGGUCUAUUUGGUAAAAACUGAAGUGCUCUGAGAAUCCCGAAAGAUCUGCACUCACAUACACAUACAGAGCUCAGUUUGCUGGCGAUACCGGGGAAAGAGUAAUGGUUAUUCCCUGAAUGUCCCAGGCUAGCCUCUGACUUAAUCUCUACACUAAAGGCAUACAAGAAAAAAGCAUUCCAUUUCCCAAGGAAGAAUUCAGCAUAUUAAUAGGGACUGUGCAUGUGUAUGUGCAUGUCAUCUGUACUCUGGUUUAUACACACCCCUGCCAUUUACUUUCUGCCUGUGUUCCUCUUUUUCCACCAACCACUUUUUCAGUGUGAUCCCACAAGUACACCAAGAAAGCACUGCUCCUGAAGCACUGGGGCCAAACACAGCAGAUGCCCCAGCUGCAGGGAAGGGGCUUGCCACCUCUUCUUGGGUCAAGGUUGCUUAGCCUUUUGCUAAACCCUUAGGAAUAUGUAUGGGAGGCAGAAAGAGUCUCAUAGCCCCACUUGAGACAAGUGUCCAUCUUGUCCACAAAACUCACUCCUCUCCUUCAAGCAGUAGCUGUUCUCUGACUGGACUGUGCACAAACUUUGGCUAUACAAAACUGUAGGUUCUGGGGAGAAAAAAAGGAGUGCAAGUGGGGCUGAUGCAGUCUAUAAGCAGUGCAGCCAGUAUGGUUUCACACUGUCUGAGCCAACCUUCCUCUGCACGGCCGGAGCUUAUGAUGUGUAGCUCUUUUCAUGAAAGCUGAGUCUAUACUUGGAGGCUCUAAAGUCCUUCUGUGUGAGCACCUUGAGAUUUUUCAUAUGUGCUCUCCCAUGAAGAAAAAGAAGGGUGGAGAACCUAGCUAGCAGCUCUAAUCCUGGACAAGCUUGGGAGGGAGAGAAUGAGAGAAAAGGAGAAGUAAUACACAAUCCUGCCUUUGAAUCCUUCACUCUGGCCAGACUUGUUCUGCAGGCCUGUGUUUGCAGUGCACAUUCCUGGGGGCCCUGAAACAUAGGAUGAGCGUGCUGGGGAGAGAGGAGGACAGCACUUACACUUGGCACACUAUCAGCCAUGGAAGAGGAUCGUCAGAAAACCUUUGGGAACACCUUGAGUUAAUGGACAAAGGUGUGGCUGAGUCAGAAUAGGUGCUGCACCUGAUUGUAUGACACAGGAGCAGCCAAGCCGAAUUGCUGAGGGGAUUGUUUGUGUCCCUGGAAAGCUCCAGAGAGGACGUCUCAGGAGAAAUCCUCACCACAGAGUUAAUUCAGAUCACCAGAAUCCACUUAGCUCCAGUGAAGGAGAGCAGCCAUGCUACAAAACUUACCUUGGAUAUUGCUUUCUCACUCAUCCUGUACUGCAUUGCAUUGCCAGCAUUUCUGGAAAAAACAUCCUGAGUGCUAAAGUAAACUGAAUAUCUGUGUUUCUUCUCAAACAUGGAAGAAGGAGUCUUCUAUUUUAUCUAGGAAAGAUGUGGGAAGGAACUCAAGGACUAGCAGUGCUCCAAAAGCUUUGUCUCAUCUCCUUGUGGAGUGUUGUCUGUCACUGGCUAGUGGUUUAAGCCACUAGCCUUAGACAGACAAGCCAGCCCAGGCUGAAAGCAUUACUGAACUCAGGUGUAGAGAGAGGUUGUGUGGACCAGAGAAAGGGUGCUCAAGAUAAUUCUGCAGUGAAGAAGUAAUCUCAGAAAGUCUGAAUCUUACUCCAGUGUCCCUUUCCCUGAGGCCCCUAAAGUUAACUGCUCUCAGGGCCUGAGUGUCUCAGGAAAUUCAUUUUGCCACUGGAAAAAUAGAGAUGUCUGGCCUUAGUAUGUAAGGGAGAUUGCAUGUGGUUAGUGUUUCAGUGAUCCCACUCCAGCUUUCCGGGAGACAAUGAUACCUGCCAAGGCGUGAUGGCCAAACGCUGCUCAGUGUUAGAUGUCAUGACCCAAGUGAGUGGAAUAACUGCACUUACCCCAUCAUUUCUGAUAAUGUAAUGGGCAGGAGAUGAAAAAAAAGGUAGGUUUGAUUGGAGAACGAAUAUUAAACAUAAGAGGAAGAGAAAGAACCAGAAGGCUGGGAAUCCUGCAUUUUACUUACAUCCUUGGUUCAAAGCUAUGUUUAGAAGCAAAUCCAAAGUAGUGUAAUGGAUCUCAGCCCUUUACAAACUUUUCUGGAUCCUAUGCUGACACAGAACAUGAUCUGCAGAAGCAGAGGGUGUUGCAGAUGAGGCCUACACUGCUUGUGGUGUAUUCCAAAGAAGGCCUGUAGCUGCAAGUAGGAUGAGAUGAGAAAUAAUACUGAGAUGCAUCUGUUAAGUUGUAAGGAAGAAACCUGAACUAGUGCUGGCUUUAAGCAGCUCUGCUAGUGUCUGCUCUUGAAAAUAUUGUGGCUAGCCUGUUAGAAAGGUCACAGGUGAUAUUACAAGGAAUACUUUUGAAGCAUAUAAGCUUGUUUUGAGCCUCUCCAAAUGUCUAAUUCCUCAGCUGUUGAACAAGCACAGACAAACCCAGUUGUUUAACAAGUUUUAUGUCCCACCUGCUAAGUUAUAAGCUGCAGUGGUAGGCCAAACCUCAGUGUCCCCUUUGAAGAUGUCUGCAUGGGCUCUGAUUUAAAACUGCCUAUCAUCCCUCCUCUCUAUCAUGCUGCAGGUUACACAUUGCAGCUAUGGCAGUUCUGGGGGUUUAUCUUUGCUUCAGAAGUAACAGUCCUUUCCCUCUGAAUUUAUGGGAACACUUACCAGAGAUAACCUCAAGAUCCUGCAGCAGCUGAGAGGAAGAAUCUCAGAAGAGACUGUGUGUGAUGAGGAGUCACUGAUCACCAGACACGAGCACAGUGCAUGGCAAGAUUGUCCCUUGUAAAGAAUAUGCUCCCUUUCUGCUAUAAUAUCCAGCACCCCCUAUCAGACCGUCUAGAUCCUAGAAGAGACCCGUCAGUACUCUGAAAAUGGGAGCCCUGCAUUAGUGCUCUGUCUGGUGCAAGAUGUGACCCCAGAAGACCAGAGCUGGCAUCUUUGUUUAUGGAAAUCCUGUUUUUCCUUUUCUGUUUUGUCCUUUUUUUUUUCCAAUCUAAAAUCACUUUCUAUUUGUUUGUGCAGAAAAAUAAACUUGUGAUAUGCACUUUA